AUGUUCAGGCUGUUAGCGUACGCUGGCCGAAUGGUCAGACUUGCUCGUUUCGAAUUCUUUCGUUUUUUUGGGAGUACGCGGUCGCUGUUGGUUAGUCGCAAUGUCCUGACGAAGGCCGCGGGCAUUGCCAGGGUGACGUUUAGGGGGCCAAUCCUGAAUCGUAUUUUCCGCUCCUUCACGCCAAACAGCCGCUUCACUCUGCUGCGCGCUGCCCUCGUUGGCACGUCACUGCGAUGGCCAGGAACGUUUACUAUGCGUCGCUACUGUUGGACAUCUGGAAUGCUAAUUCGAAACUUCUCACCCGACAGAUACGCGGUUACCAUUACACAGAGUCUUAAGAAUGCUUUCGUUUAUCGAAUGAAUCAAGCUUCUACCGAAUAUCCAGCAUCGCUCUCCGCCUAUGAAAUCGGCCGCCACAUUUCUAACGGUUGCAAUGCGGCUGUGUACGAAGCCCGACUGCGAGAAUUGACUCAUCUCGAAACGGAAACCAGCACCAACAUCGCUUCUGCAGCGGGGACAUCCUUAGUCUCAUCAGGAAGAUUUCGAAACCGACCAAGCAAGAAUAUAUUGUCGUCUAAGAUCGAUGAUUACCCGUUGGCCAUUAAGAUGAUGUUCAACUACGGCAUGGCAAAUCGGAGGGAUUUCGUUUUCUACGAAAUGGGUCCGGAGUUGGUCCCUGCCUGUUGCUGCAGCACCAGCAUUCACAUCAGAGAAAAGAUGCUGCCGCGGCCUCAUCCUAAUAUUGUUAGGAUGUUCUCUGCAUUUGUCGACCAGGUUCCCUUGUUUCCGGACUCUGAAGCCCUUUACCCGGCUGCGUUGCCUCGACUACAGUUCGACGAAGGCUACGGUCAUAACGAGACGUUGUUUAUCGUGAUGAAAAGGCAGUGA